GCUUCCAGUAGAUCAUGUGACAACCCAAGAUGGCGGCACCCAGCGAUGCCGAGGAGGAGGAGGCAGUUUACCUGGUAGUGAGCGGUAUCCCUUCUGGAUUGCGCUCGGCCCAACUAAGGAGCUACUUUAGCCAGUUCCGGGAACAGCGUGGCGGGGGUUUCCUCUGUUUCCACUACCGGCAUCGGCCGGAGCGGGUCCCUCCCCAGACCGGUACCGAUUCUGGCCUAACUUCGACCGACUCUGGCGCUGAGAGUCAAGUUUUCGCUCAGACUGCAGCCACAGAUGCCCACUCUGUUUCCACUCGGGACUCUUUUCGGGUCCAGAGCCACACGUGCUGCUGCGUCAUCUCGGUUCGGAGGUUGGCUCAAGCCCAGAAGCUUCUUCGCAUGUACUCCGGCCGCCGGUGGUUAGAUUCUCAGGGCACUUGGCUCCCGGGUCGCUGUCUCAUCCGCAGGCUUAGGCUACCCACUGAGGCAUCAGAUUUGGGCAGCUUUCCCUUUAAGACACGGAAGGAGCUGCAGAGUCGGAGAUCUGAGAAUGAAGCCUUCACCCUGGUCGACCUAAGGCAGCUACCAGAGCUGAACCCACCAGCACUGAUGCCCAACGGGAAUGUGGGGACACCCCUGCAGAUCUUUUUGGACUUGAUCCGGGCCUGCCGCCUCCCGCCUCGAAUCAUCACUCAGCUGCAGCUCCAGUUCCCUAAGACAGGCUCCUCCCGGCGCUAUGGCAAUGUACCCUUCCUGUACGAGGACUCAGAGACUGUGGAGCAGGAAGAGCAUGUGUACACAGCAGAGGGGGAGGAAAUACCCCAGGGACCCUGCCUGAUAGAUCCACCCGAGGAGGAAGAGCCUGAGGAUGAAGGGGAAAAGGAAGAGGAAGAGUCCCACUCAGACGAUGAUGAUGACCGUGGUGAGGAGUGGGAGCGGCAUGAGGCAUUGCAUGAGGAUGUGACAGGGCAGGAGCGGACCACUGAGCAGCUCUUCGAGGAGGAGAUCGAGCUGAAGUGGGAGAAGGGCGGCUCUGGCCUGGUGUUCUACACUGAUGCCCAGAUCUGGCAAGAGGAAGAAGGAGACUUUGAUGAACAGACAGCUGAUGACUGGGACGUGGACAUGAGUGUGUACUACGACAGAGAUGGUGGAGACAAAGACGCCCAAGACUCAGUCCAAAUGCGUCUGGAACAGAGGCUCCGUGAUGGCCAGGAAGAGGGCUCUGUGAUUGAACGCCAGGUGGGCACCUUUGAGCGCUACACUAAGGGUAUUGGCCGGAAGGUGAUGGAGCGGCAGGGCUGGGCUGAGGGCCAGGGCCUGGGCAGCAGGUGCUCGGGUGUGCCUGAAGCUCUGGAUGGUGAUGGCCAGCACCCCAGAUGCAAGCGUGGAUUGGGGUAUCAUGGAGAGAAGCUACAGCCAUUUGGGCAACUGAAGAGGCCGCGUGGAACUGGCUUGGGGCUCAUCUCCACCAUCUAUGAUGAACCCCUACCCCAGGAUCAAGGGGAGUCACUCCUCCGCCGCCAGCCACCCACCAGCAUGAAGUUUCGGACAGACAUGCCCUUUGUGAGGGGUUCCAGUUGGUCCUCAGAACCUGAGUGAGAGCUGGGGUUUCUCUGGCUAGGAUCACACACAGCUGCAGGACAGCGGCCCUCUGCCCAGGCCUUGCCAAUGCUGAAGCAGAAAGAAGCGGCAAUCUGUGCGGCUUGUUCUGAGUGCUUAGUACGAGCCUGCCUACCGGUUCUCUGCCUCAAGGACAUUUUUACAAAAAGCCCCUUUCCCUUUCCUUGGGUAUCCAGGUUUAAUGACCACUUCUCCUUGGUCACCUAAUCCUAGUACGGGUUUGGGCUUGCCCAGUACUUGAAAAGCUGGACUGCCUGAGGUCAAACAGCAGCCUUCCUUGCGCGUCUGAAGGAGGUCGCUAUGAAAGCCAGAGUGAAGGGAAAAGGAUCGGAAGAGGAGAGAUUUGUGGCGCCGUUAAGAGAAGAUCGUGGGGUGGACCCUCCACCGCUUCUACCCUCACUGGCAGGGACCGGGCCGGGCCGCUGCCGGAGGUGUCCCGAGAUCUGCAGCAUAUCACAGAAUAAAAACAUUAACAACUGGA